AUUUCAUCGCCUUUUGCCAAGACUCUGCGUCCCGAUCUUGGAGUGCCUCAUUGUAUGUCCAUGGGUCGGAUUCAAGAACGUCCGGGACGGCCUCAGAAGACUCUCCCAGACCCAUCAACCGUUCAGGUUGCCGGACAACCCUCCCACUACGACGAGGUACUACCUGCUCAGGUGCAUCAUCAGCGAUACAUUCUAAUCAACUCGUCAAACAAUCCUCGGUUGAACGGUGCGCGGGUCUCGGUCGUCAGGUGCAGCGGGCAGCUCGUGCGCGUCAGGCACGGACAACGUGCGUGUACGCGGGUCGCGAGCACGGUCGCAGACUGCUGGGGUGAUGCGGUCGAGUGCUGGCAGGAUGCGUGCCGCGGACGUGCAGGAUCAGGGUACGCGGACGGGCUCUGGCAGCCUCGGGCGUGUGCAUGCACGCGGUGCGCUUCUCCUAUGCAAAUGCGGACUAGCGCUGGGCGUCUGGGAACACGUGGCGUGCUGAGCACGUUUCCUGGGCGUCCGCGGGAUGGUGCGCGUGUACUCCUAGCGCGCUGGGGAUGCGCGAACGGCGACUGGCGUGAUGUGCGGGUGAACGACAACGAGCAGGUGCGGCUGGGACCUCACAGGCGUUGCUCGCGGACGCUGCUGGGAGUUGGCGUCUGGCCUGGCUGGUGCGCGACGGCGUGCAACGACUCGCG